CCCGGGGAGCAUUUCUGGCCCCAGAUCUCAGGAAAAGCCGUGCUUUGUUAAUAUUUAAUCAAGUUGUUUUUUGAAAAUUCUCGCCUAAUUAAAGCUGAAAUAUUACUUUUGGUGGUUGUUGUUAAAUACGUUUAACAUCAUAAAAGUUCCAGAUGACAGCAUACAUUUAAAAAUGAAUCUUCAAUUAAUCGUAUCCACAAGCCUAUAAGCCAAUAGACACCUUUAUCAUUUUCUUUUCUUUAAUAAAAUAAUAUUAACAAUAUUUCCACCGCUUUUGUCAACAUUUUAAAAGAACUUGAAUGUCCAUAGUUGUCGAGAGCUUGUAGUCCUCACUUCUUACGAAAUUAUGUCAACUAAUUCUCGAGCAUCCUGCGAAUGGUUGUUCCUGUUAGGCCUAGCAAACAAUAUAACUUGAACAGCAUACAAGUUUCCAUAUAGCGCUCUAUCCUUCCAUAUCAGGUGCAUCCCAGUGUGGUCAUGCCAACGUGAAUUCAUGCGUACCGACACUUUCCGUAUAUGAACAUGGUGCCUAAUUGUCUGAAAUCAGGCAAUCAUGCCACGCAUAAAACGUCUACAGGUUCCUCAAAAGAUCAUCUACAUCUUCAUCUAGACUCAUUCACCGUUUGUUUCGCAGCGAAUCAGACAUGUAAGGUGUGCGUGUGUUCAUUAAGGCCUGCAUGCAUCAUCAAUAGAUGAGUAAGAUACACAUUUGGAAAUAAUGUCCUGAAAAGCCUAUUGUGUCAAAUUCACACACUUUCCACAAAAUGUCUUCCAACAUCCACACAAAAAUUAAAAUAAAUCAAUGAGCUGUUUCGGUUCUUGCCCAUGCGUUCACCAGCGCUGUUGUUUCAGCAGUACAGCAUCACAGCGGAAGAAUUUUUUGCGGCGAAUUUUGAAAAUGACGCAAGGGAUGACCACAACCAAUAGGAACGCAGAACAGGGAUUGACAUUUAAAUGAUUUUCCCUUUUUAGGAGAAAUCUCCGCCCUCUUCAGGUCUAUGCUUUCCCCCCUGAGAGCACAUGAGCCUCCGAACCCGGGAGAAGGUGCGCUCCGCUGGGACAGAGGAGGCAUAAAGAGACGGGGAGGGAGGGAAUGAGAUUUCUUGCUACCCAAUCCCCCUUUUCCCCAGGGAGAGCAAGCCUUCCCUGGUCCAUCCCUCCCUCUUGUUUGGUAAUCAUUUCAUUUUACUCCUUUUUGAAGCAGUCGCCUGUUUUAUCCCACUUUUCAUUUCACAAUCCCGUGCGCGUAUGUUCUCCUUCUUCUGAGCAAGUUCGGCAUCUCCCCUCUUUCUCCCCGCGACGAGAAGCUCUUCUUGAUCCCGGCUGAUCGUUUUCCUUUGAGAUGCUUUUCAGUUCUAACACUUGCCUUCUCUCCACCCUCUUUUAACUAGAGACCGGUUAAUCUUGAGUGAACUGAACUUGGUUUGGAAUCUAAAAUAAAGAGGAACACCCAGAGGGAUAACGGCACACGCCUUUGGAUAAGGACCGCUAUCGCUUUCCCUUGUUACACUUCAGGGAAGGUUUUUCCUUUCAGUUGGGUUUUGUUAAUCCAGGUGGCCUUGUUCUGAGUGUGCAAGAGGAUUAUUCUACGCAAGUUGGUGCUGAGCGACAUCCCUGAAGGCUGUUUACAUGUUCUCCAUCCAGGACAGUCUCCCUCGGGGAGCCUUGACCAUGAAAGAGGAGCCCCUUACGAGCGGCAUGACUCCGGUCCGCUCGUGGAUGCAGAGCGCGGGGAUACUAGAUGCCAACACAGCAGCACAAAGCGGCGUGGGUCUGGCACGAGCUCACUAUGAGAAACAGCCCCCCUCCAACCUGCGCAAAUCCAACUUCUUCCACUUUGUGCUGGCGCUGUACGACCGCCAGGGCCAGCCCGUGGAGAUCGAGAGGACCUCCUACAUAGACUUUGUGGAGAAGGACAAAGAGUACAAUGGGGAGAAGACCAACAAUGGCAUCCACUACAGGUUACAGCUCCUCUACAGUAAUGGCAUCAGGACAGAGCAAGACCUGUUCGUGCGGUUGAUAGACUCCAUGACAAAGCAGCCGAUCAUGUACGAGGGCCAGGACAAGAACCCAGAGAUGUGUCGUGUUCUUCUCACCCACGAGAUCAUGUGCAGUCGGUGUUGUGACAAAAAGAGCUGCGGGAACCGAAACGAGACACCGUCCGACCCCGUCAUCAUCGACAGAUUCUUCCUGAAAUUCUUCCUCAAGUGUAACCAAAACUGUUUGAAAAAUGCCGGUAACCCCAGAGACAUGAGGCGAUUUCAGGUGGUGAUCUCCACUACAGUCAAUGUGGACGGGCACGUGCUGGCCGUCUCAGACAACAUGUUUGUGCACAACAACUCCAAACAUGGCAGAAGGGCCCGGCGCCUGGACCCGUCUGAAGCAGCCACGCCCUGCAUUAAAGCCAUCAGUCCCAGCGAGGGCUGGACGACCGGCGGAGCCACCGUCAUCAUCAUCGGAGAUAACUUCUUCGACGGACUCCAGGUGGUCUUUGGCACCAUGCUGGUUUGGAGCGAGCUCAUCACACCCCACGCCAUUCGGGUUCAGACUCCUCCGAGGCACAUCCCCGGGGUGGUGGAAGUCACACUCUCCUACAAGUCCAAGCAGUUCUGCAAAGGAGCUCCAGGACGCUUCGUCUACACUGCCUUGAACGAGCCCACUAUUGACUAUGGCUUCCAGAGGCUACAGAAGGUCAUCCCCCGUCACCCUGGAGACCCAGAGAGGUUACCGAAGGAGGUUCUGCUGAAGAGAGCAGCUGACCUGGUGGAGGCUCUCUAUGGCAUGCCACACAACAACCAGGAGAUUAUCCUGAAGCGUGCGGCAGACCUGACAGAGGCCUUGUACAGCGUUCCUCGCAGCCACAACCAGCUGCCCUCCCUCUCUGGCUCCGGGGCCCACUCCGGCAUGAUGGGGGUCAACUCCUUCAGCAGCCAGCUGGCCGUCAACAUCUCCGAGGCCUCGCAAGGUGACCAGGGUUACUCACGUAACUCCAACAGUGUGUCCCCUCGUGGCUACGUCCCGAGCUCCACACCGCAGCAGUCCAACUACAACAGCAUCACUUCCACCAUGAACGGCUACGGGGCGGGCAUGACCAACCUGGGGGUGCCAGGCUCGCCCAGCUUCCUCAACGGCUCCUCCGCAGGAUCCCCCUAUGCACUCAAACAGAAGAGCGCCUUCGCCCCUGUUGUGCGACCACAGACUUCCCCGCCCCCCACCUGCACCAGCACCAAUGGGAGCAGCCUACAGGCUAUGUCCGGACUCAUAGUCCCCCCCAUGUAAAGAGGGAAGACUGCCCUUUUCAAGGCUUUUUAUUGUGCCCAUGACAAACUCACUGGCCCAAGAAAUCCCUCCAACAGCAGCAGCUUAUCAAAUACCAUCGUCCCACAGAGGAGAAAGCCAAAAAAAAAAAAGAAAGAACACCCUUUACACCUGGACAACUGAGA